UAAGCAUACUUUUUGAUUUUUUAUGUCAAAGAUUUCAUGUUUUUAGUGUAGGCUGAUACUUAACGGUCAGCUUGGGGUCCUUUCUUGAACCAAUUUCCUGACGCGGCCGCUUUUACCAAGUAAAUAUAGGAUAUGAUUUCUCAAUGAAACCACGAACUGCUCUCACCGGCUCGAACAUUUGCUGUAAUUUAGCUGAAAAUGGGUUCCUUUUGAUUUUAAAGUUCUCCUGGAGAAGAGGUUAGCCUAUCGGAGGCAGACACCUGACACGUCUGCUAAACACGAGCACCAUUUCCGGGCUCGUGACAGCGGCUAUAGUGGAGCGGGACGUCGGUCUGAGGGGCGCAGGGAGCGCAGCGGUGUCGGUUUCUAUCCCCGGGCUGGUGGACGAGAGCAUGGCUGCAGGAAAAGGAUCAGGGAAGCCCACCUCACCGUGGGACAACAUGAGGAUACGGUUCGCCGUGUGUUUCCUCGGAGUCUUCGUGUGUUACUUUUACUACGGAAUAUUACAAGAGACAAUCACCAGAGGUGAUUAUGGUGUUGGAGAAAUGAAGGAGAAGUUCAGGUUCGCCCGAACGUUAGUCCUCAUCCAGUGUGUCAUCAGCGCUCUGUUUGCAAAGAUCUUGAUCCAGUUUUUUGAGGGCUCCAAGCCAGAUACCACCAGGAGCUGGCUCUAUGGAGUGUGCUCCCUUUCUUACCUUGGAGCCAUGGUGUCCAGUAACUCUGCCCUUCUGUAUGUCAACUACCCCACACAGGUGCUGGGGAAGUCUUGCAAACCUAUACCAGUGAUGAUCCUCGGUGUGACAAUACUGAGGAAGAAGUACCCCCUGGCUAAGUACCUGUGUGUGCUGCUCAUUGUGAGCGGUGUUGCUCUGUUCCUCUACAAACCAAACAAGAGCUCAGCAGUUGCAGAAGAUCAUGUGUUUGGGUUUGGAGAGAUUCUGUUGCUCAUCUCUCUGACAUUGGACGGUCUGACCGGUGUGGCCCAGGACCACAUGAGGGCCCGCUUCCAGACCAGUGCCAACCACAUGAUGCUGAACAUCAACUUGUGGUCCACUCUGGUGCUGGGACUAGCUGUGUUGUGGACAGGAGAAGUUUGGGAAUUCCUUAGCUUCACUGAACGCCACCCGAGCAUCCUCUACGAUAUUCUCCUGUUUGGACUGACCAGUGCUUUAGGCCAGACCUUCAUCUUCAUGACGGUGGUGUACUUUGGGCCCCUUACCUGCUCCAUCGUCACCACCACCAGGAAGUUCUUCACCAUCCUCGGCUCAGUUCUUCUGUUUGGAAACGUCAUGAGUUCGAUGCAGUGGACGGGCACCAUCCUGGUGUUCCUCGGUCUCGGACUUGACGCUAAAUUUGGCAAAGGCCCAAAGAAAACGACACACUAAGACAUGUGGAGCGCCUGAGAGGAGGAUUGCAGAACAAGUGGACACACUCUAGCCAGUAUCUUCUAGGUAUAAGAAAGCCUGCACAGGCAUCCUGAAUGUGCCUAGGAGUUGUUGAAAUACAGUCAGAUUUUUCGCUUAGCUGUAUUUGAAAGAGAGCUCCUAUAGUUAUCGACUCCCGCUCCUUUAAUUUACAAUUUAUAUGUUGAAGAGAACAGUUUCACUCGGGAUGAACUGCAACAAGCCUCUGACACUAUUUUUUUUGCACACAAGACACAACAGAAGAAGAAGAAUGGCUCAAAGGCAAAAAGGGGAAAAUCCUGUAUCUUGACAAAUAUCUGUUUCUGAAACCAGCUCACCUCCCAUGGAUGGAAAAAACAAGUCAAACAACAACUCCAUCAUUUUAAUCAAAAACAUCCAUCCACAUAAAGCUUGGUUUACAAGGUUUACAAGUUGUUGCAUCAGUGUGUGCAGUUAUCACAUGCAGUUAAUUUGUCUUGCCACCAAUUGGUCAAGAUUCAUGUCAUUUCUAAAAUAUAAACGGUUGUAUGUAUCCUGUUGUGUUAUGUCCAAUCUUACGGUUGAAUUGUUUUUACUUUUAUUUUCUACUAGCUGAAAAUAAUUUAACAUAAAAUGGGAAUUGUUAUAAA